GCGAGGAAGAAUUUGUACGCAACAGCUCGAACUGGAUUCCUUGUGCUGUCAUAUUAUCGAAUAGAGGAAGAGCUAUUGACGUGGACGCUGCAUCUCCAUCAUCCUCCGUUCGAUAUCGUAUGAUUUAAUUCCCAUCCGAGCACAUUGCUUCGAGCCAUCAACCGUGCUUCCCCGCGCGUGUGAGCAGUAUCUGAUACAUCAUGGGUCUACCUCGGUUUGCGCGGCCUAAGGAAGGGGCCGCCGGUGUGCGGAGCCCCAACCUCUUCGUGGCCAAUUGCGGCCCGGCUGUCGGGGUUUCGCAAGACGCGGUUGAGGCCGUCUUCGGCCGCUUCGGAGAAGUUAAGGGAGUGUACGCCGCCGACGAGAGCGGCGCCCGCGUCAUCGUUUGCUACGGCGAGGUGAGCUCUGCUGAGGCGGCGAUGGAAGCUCUCAAUGGCCGUCCCUGUGCCGAGCUCAAUGGCCGAUCUCUGCACAUCCGCUACUCUGUUCAUCAACCAGCUUCUCAGGUCAAAGCCGACAAUUCGGUCCCAGUUUCAUUCGAUGUUUCGGAGCUGAACAUUCCCGGUCUUCACCUGGUGCAUGACUUCGUCAGUGCCGAAGAAGAAAGGGAAUUGCUUGCAGCAGUUGAUGGCCGACCUUGGAAUGGCCUCGCGAAGAGAAGGGUUCAGCACUAUGGCUAUGAGUUUUGCUACGAUACAAGAAAUGUUGAUACAAGAAAGUGCUUGGGUGAACUUCCAUCGUUUCUGUCUUAUGUACUUGAAAGGAUCUCUUCCUUUCCAGGCACCGAUAGCUCCUCGAGCUUAGAUGUAGACCAGCUGACGGUGAAUGAAUACCCUAUUGGGGUGGGAUUAUCACCACAUAUAGACACACAUUCAGCAUUUGAGGGGUUUAUAUUCAGUCUUUCAUUAGCAGGACCCUGCAUCAUGGAGUUCAGGAGAUAUUCGGACGGUAUAUGGCUUGAUAGAAACCUGCCAGGUGCUGAAGUAAAAGACGGCAGUCUUGAUCAUUCGAACUAUGUUAGGAAAGCGAUCUAUCUUCCUCCUCGGUCCAUGCUAUUGCUAUCAGGAGAGGCACGUUAUGCCUGGCACCAUUACAUCCCUCACCAUAAGAUUGAUUUUGUGGGGGAGAAGGUGAUUAAAAGGAGCCCAAGAAGGGUGUCUUUCACAUUUCGUAAGGUCAGGAAUGGUCCUUGUCAAUGUGAAUUCCCGCAGUAUUGUGACUCGCAAAGAUGAGAUGGUUGCUUUACAGAUGGUAAAUGUGAAGUCAAGAGCAUUCAUGGUGAAGGCGAUGGUCUAGCGGGGGACGAAAUGUUUUUCAUUAUUCAUAAUAGUCCCUUAUCUUUGAAGAAACUAACCUGAGGAUUUAGGCAGAUGAGAUAUUGUCCAAUGAGUUCGAUUGGUAGUUUAUAGUUAUACGCUAAUUCUCAAUGACAAAGGUACCAAAUCACCACACCCCAGAUUAUUGUAGGUCAUCAGAGAGCAUGAAAUAAGAUCGGCUUUGUUGAUUACUGUUCUUAUUUGUAGGAUGGCAAUUCUUUUGGUUGGAAAAAAUUGUUUUUUUUUUUU